CUUCUUCCUCGACCAUGACCUUCACUCAAGAAAUAGCUUCAUUCGUGCUCCCAACGCGGACAUCGGUAUCUGCAGUGCCUAAGGCUGGUACACUCGCCCCAACGUCGAGCCUCCUUCCCAUUCCGCCGCCCGACUCCCGCCCAAUGGUCGUGACUUUCUUGCGGCACUGUGGUUGCCCGUUUGCAGAGAAGACCUUCAAGCUCCUGCGUGAACUGGCGAACGAGCCGCCAAACAGUCACGUCCGCUUCGUCGCUGUCUCGCACAGCGAUGAUAGCGCGACAAACGCGUGGGUCGAAGCGCUCGGCGGUCCCGGGUCUGUCGAGAUCCUCAUUGACGCUGGCCGGGAGGUAUACGCGCUCUGGGGACUCGGUAUCUCCUCAUUCAGCCAUUUCAUGAGCCCGUCGGGUCUUUGGGCUGUGUAUCAGCUGGGAAAGACGGAUGGCAUCCAUGUCCGGUCGACGGAGAGCGGUAGUCGGUGGCAGACGUCGGGCAGCUUUGCGGUGGAUGGGGAAGGUAUCGUCAGGUGGGGUCACCCGAUGGCGAGUGCGGGCGAGAUCCCCGACUUCAGGGAAGCGUUGAGAGCUGUCAACUAGGCCGCCCGUUCCGGGAAACGGGGUGUCAACUUGCGUGUACGACGAUGAAGUUGUUACGAUUGUAAGAAAUGCGAUGAACCAUGCGUGAUACUGUACUUGUAUGUAUGUACCACUAGCCGUUAGUAUUGCGAUUUGAGAAAUUCACGAGCUCAGCUGUUCAUUCACAUUUCGAUGAGCCUUCCCGUGUGAGUCCUGGCGAUGACCUCACCAGCAGUCUGCAGUCUAUAUCCUGAUGGAUAUCGGCUAACUAUCAUCAGCUAAUAUCACGGUAGAGGCCGUGGCUGUGCGAUGAUGCCUCGGCCUUGGUGUUUGUGCGAUCCUUUCAAUUUGCCUGAAGUGCAAAAGCUGUCCUUACUCAAAUCUGAUCUCAAGUGGAUCACAGCACCCUUUCCCUACGACAAGCGGAAGCACGAAAUGUUCUUAACCAUCAACAUUAUUCGAAACAGCGAGGUAUCGAAGAUGGAUGAAGCCGUGUUCCCACGUCCGUUGCCAGUUCGGAAGAUGAUGUUUGCUCCAAGUCUUGAGGUGCGAAAAGUAAUCCUCGGUCGCAGAAAAAUCGUAGAAAUGAGAAUCGCGGUUCCGGAUUGCCUGCACCUGACUGUGAAAAGGAUUCAAUGUCGAAGGACCAGCUUAUGGUGAAUAGCGUUGAAGGGUAUGCGCGUCGGCGGACAUGUUCCUUAUGGGAGGCGGAUAUAUGCGGCCGGAGACGUAAAACUGCUAAUGCAGGCGUAAACAAGCUCAGUGACAGCUUCACCAACUUGAUCGUCGUGUUUCUGCCCUCUCCCUCCAACCACUCUGUCCGAGCGCCCAGAUAACAGCCCAGGAUCGAUCAUGUUCGCCCAUGCAGGUAGGUGUCGCGAUGGAUGAUUGACACUCCUCCUUUCAUUGAGCGUUUAGAGUCCUCCAGUCCUCUAGUCGCGCCGAAUGCGAGUCAGACGCGACGGAAUCCGGAAGAACGCGCUAUAUCAUCACCACCUUCAGCACGAUACAGUGGCUCUGACCUGAGCCAGAGAAAACGAGACUCGGAAGAAACGGGCACUGAUCCCACCGCGCAUGCACCUCCGACUCUGCCACCCGUGGAGUCAAAUGUCAAUCGACAGGCACCACCGUCGAACUCUGACCGACCAGGCCUCGGCCCAGCAUCUAGGCCCUCGACGCCGCCACGAGACUUGAUAGAUCGCUUUCGUGGAGCUAUCACCCGUAUCUCCGGGACUGCCUCUCCCGCCUCCGUCGUUGUGCGCAGAAGAUGAGAUCGACAUCACCUCCGUUGAGGGUCUGCCACCCCGGCUUCGUGCCGCCUACGUCGAGGGUGCCAAUACUGUGCUAGGAUGUUCACCCGCCAAAGCAAUGUACCUCGUUAUGAAGGCGAAGCAUCGCUUUGCUAUGCAGGAACGCGAUCUCCUCGAGCAAGAGUUGCAGAGGGCUGAAGCGGAGUUAAUGAGGGAAAGGGAGUGUAAGGACCAAGCGCUCGAUAGUCUGUUGAGACGAUGGUUAGGGUCAGAGGCAGAUCACUUGAUAGCGGAGAUACCCGUCCCUCCGAGUAUGUUCGUUGAACGGGUUGGCGCUGCGAGCAAUUCCAUGACGAACACGAGAUCGUCACAGUCGUCGUACGAAAUAUGUAAUCCAUGAGUUCCCAACUUGUGUGCUCUUUCGUCUCCGUUCAGGACUAUACUGUGCAGUCGGCCUUGCUCUUAAAUCAUUUCUGACUCGUCAGCUCUGCCCGACUCAAAACAGGCCGCGAAGCUCGGAGUAAGGCAUUUUGAAAACAUUUUGAGUUGUUUGAUGGAGAGCGAGACAUUUCCUGGAGUGAUCGAUCAGCUCGCCCUGUCACUCCGGAAUUUGCAAUGAGUGACAUCACCGCUCGGACCCUGGGGCAUAUAAACGGUAGCUGGGGCUUACUCUGCUCCUUACCUACCAACCACUUCUACGAACGACUAUCGAAGAACCAACUACAAAGAUGUUCACCAGCACCCAGAUCCCCACCACCCAGCACUGUGGCAGCACGACCUGCAACUGCGGCGCCAACUGCGCCUGCAAGCCUGGAGAGUGCAAGUGCUAAAGGUUCAGGCAAACAUCCCCACCCCAUGUACAUAGGGUAGCAAUUGUAAACGCCAUGAAGCAUGAUCAGCAUUAUCUGUGAUGUGCGUCAUUCCUCAGAUAAGAUAAGGGAAAGAA